CGACCAUUAACUAUCGAAUAUGGAAUAUUCAAUAUUCAUUUGAACAGGCAAAUAAGAGUUCGGGUUCAUUCGAGUCUAAACCCCCAAUCGGUCGCUGGUUCUAGCGCUCUCUGCCUUUAUAGGUUCUUCGUAUCAGGUCAAUUUUGGAAUUGAAUUAGGGGUGAAUUUUGAAGUUGACUGACUUUUUUUUGAUGUGAGUGUUCAAUUAUGGAUGGAAACAAAGAUGAAGCUCUAAGAUGUGUUCAAAUUGCUCAAGAAGCAAUUGCUUCUGGUAAUAAAGAACUUGCGCUGAGAUUCAUCAAAUUUGCGCAACGUCUUAACCGUGAUGUACCUGUUGAAGAGCUUUUGGCUGCUUGUGAAGGGCUUGGUCCAGAUUCAAAACCAUCUGAGGAUGGUAUAGAUGCAAAGUGUGUAGAUGAAAACAAGAAUGACUGUGGUCCGGUUAAAAAGGAUGGGGUUGUAAAUGGGAAGCGCAAGUAUACUGAAGAGCAUGUUCAGUUGAUUGGGAAGAUUAAGAGGAACAAAGAUUAUUAUGCCAUUCUUGGAGUGGAAAAGACUUGCUCAGUUGAGGAAAUUAAGAAGGCUUAUAAGAAAUUGUCAUUGAAAGUUCACCCAGAUAAAAACAAGGCUCCAGGAGCUGAAGAGGCAUUUAAGAACGUGUGCAAGGCAUUCAAGUGCUUGAGUGAUGAGAACUCGCGGAAGCAGUAUGAUCAGACAGGACUAAUUGGGGGAUUUGAGUAUAAUCAGCAGUACAAUGUUAGACGGCGGUAUAGGAGAACUACACAUGACUUUUUUGAUGACAAUUUUGAUCCAGAUGAGAUAUUUAGAGCAUUCUUUGGUCAGACAGACAUGUUUAGAGCUCGUCGGACUGACAGGACUCGUGACAUGGGUAGACAACAACGGCAGGAGUUGCACGGAGAAGGACCGAAUCUUAUUUUUCUUCUACAGUUAUUACCUAUCUUGUUGAUUUUCUUGCUUGCAUACCUUCCCUUUUCAGAACCUGAUUAUUCAUUGCACCGGAAUUACUCCUAUGAUAUUCCCAAGACUACUGAGAAAUAUGGUGUCAAUUAUUUUGUCAAAUCAUCAGCAUUUGAUGAGAAAUUCCCUCUGGGGAGUCCUGAGCGAGUUACCGUUGAGGACAAUGUAAUCAAUAAUUACCAAGAUUUGCUUUGGCGCUAUUGUCAUGUGGAACAACAGAAGCGCCGCUGGAACAAGAAUAUGCCAACUCCUCAUUGCAAUAAGCUAUAUAAUCUUGGAUGGGCAUGAAGGAAGUCAAUAUAGCUAGAGUUUGAGCCCAAAUGAAGCUGUAGAUACUGAUAUUCUGGUUCCAAGGAUGAUUGAUGGCCAUCACAGAUGAGGCAAACAGUGGAUGGAUGGAGUUGUGAAGGUGUGUGCUCCAGCAUCUGCCUUAGUAGAUUUGAAAUUUGAUGUACACUUCGUCUGUCGAUACACUGCACGCAAAUAAUGUUUUUGCAGCUUCGGAGCAGCUAGAAUGCCAAUAGUUGCCAAAGUAGUAGAACAAGCAUUCAGCGAAGGCAUAGAAAGUUCUUAUUUAGAAAUUUACAAGGUGUUAAAUGUUAAUUCUACGUGCUUGAAUUUUUACUAUGCCUCAGACGGUGCAUUUUUCAGGUUCCACUCCUCUUACAUGCAAGGUUAGUUCUUUCUCAAGAUGUUC